AUGCGGAGUGUGACGUUGCCUUCAGCUCUGCUGUUUGCAAUGACGUUCAGCCAUGCCUCUGCCCAGAGAAGCGUUGUAGGCCACAUUCAGGAUGGCACCAAACUGAGCAGCAUUUACGGAAUCACCGUUGCUGGUAACUAUGCUUAUGUUGGUGGAUACACAUACGGUGGAUUGAUAGUUAUCGACAUCACCGACCCAACCAACCUUACCAUUGCAGGCGACAUCACGGACAGCCGCAUGAGCAACGCGGGCUAUCUUGCGAUCGUCGGGGAGUUUGUCUACAUUACUGCCGGCAAUAGUCUUGUCGUAGUCAACGUCACCGACCCAAGCAGCCCCAUCAUCGCGGGCUCCAUCACAGACGACACGCUCCUGGAGCAUGCGGAGGGGGUUGCGAUCGCUGGGAAUUAUGCCUUUGUCGCUGCAUACAGAUACCAAGGUGUGACUGCAGUCAACAUUGCCGACCCAACCAACCUUACCAUCGCAAGCUCCAUUCAGGAUUCUUUAUUAACCCUAGGUAGCUACCAGAUUCACGUUGCAGGCAAUUUUGCCUAUGUGACGGCAUAUUCUUCUCAUGGCAUUUUCGUUCUUGAUAUCAGCGACCCGACGAACCUCACCAUCGCAGGCUCUAUCCUAGACCCAACUUUACUUGGAGGAGCCCAUGGCAUUGAGAUCAGCGGGGACUUCGCAUAUGUGUGCGCGUAUGACGUGAAUCGCCUCACAGUGCUUAACAUCGCUGACCCAAGCAACCUUACAGUCGCCGGGGCCAUCGAGGAUGAUACCAGGCUGAAUGAGCCCACUUUUGUGGCUGUUUCUGGGGACUAUGCUUAUGUAACUGCCUACGAGGGUUCAGGUGUGGCGGUGAUCGACAUCACCAAUCCGAGUAACCUCACCCUUGCUGAUUUCAUCUACAGUGGCACGCGGUUAUAUGGUCCCUGGGACAUCGCGAUUGCCGGAAGCUACGCCUAUGUGUCCGUAUACUACAGUGACAUGGUGACAGCAGUCAGCUUGCUCACCGCCACAGCCACCACCACCGCCACCGCCACAGCCACCACCACUGUCACCGCCACCUCCACCUCCACCGCCCCCACCGCCACCGCGACCCCCACCACCACCAUCACCAGCACCAGCACCACGAUCCACCACAUGACCACCGCGAUCAACGACACGGUCAACGCUCCCACCACGACUACGACUGAGCUGUCAGAAAUCUCGUACAGUAUGCCCCAGACAGCCUUAGUUGCUGUCGUCCUUGUUGGAAUCACGGGUUUGCAGACUUGA